CUUCAGUUUGUCAGAUUCCAAGCGACGAACAUGUUUGCACGCCGCUCGACGCAGCACCUCCGCCUCGGCGGGAUCCGCCACCAGAGCGCAUUGACGUUUUCCAAGUACCCCUUUCUUAAGGAACUUGGGUUGAGCGAAACCAACGAUGGUGUGUUUGAUGGCAAGUGGUUUGGAAACGGCCCUGUGUUCACGUCCGUCAAUCCUGCGACGAAUGAACCCAUCGCGAAGAUUCGAACGGGGACCAAGGACGACUAUGAGCGUGUUGUGAAGAGCAUGGACGCUGCGAAGAAGGAGUGGGCUGAAGUCCCUGCGCCUAUUCGUGGUGAAGUGGUUCGUCGAAUUGGUGACGCCCUCCGUGUCAAGCAAAAGGCCCUCGGCCAUCUCAUUGCGUUGGAAAUGGGCAAGAUCGCCGUCGAAGGUGUCGGUGAAGUGCAAGAAGCCGUGGACAUUUGCGAUUUCGCCGUGGGUCUGUCGCGCUGCUUGAACGGCACGAUCAUCCCUUCUGAACGCCCUGGACACUUCAUGAUGGAGCGCUACAACCCCCUCAAGGGUCACGUUGGCAUUAUCACGGCCUUUAACUUUCCCUGCGCCGUCAUGUUCUGGAACGGCGCGUUGAGCAUGGUCGCCGGCAACACCCAGCUUUGGAAACCGUCCGACUCGCUUUGCUUGACGGCGAUUGCAUGCAACAAAGUUAUCUCGGACGUGCUCUCUGCCAAUGGGUACAACCCUGCCAUUGCGUCCGUCAUUUGCGGCAGUGGCGCGGAAGUCGGUGAGCCCAUGAUCCAGGACAAGCGCAUGGAACUCAUUUCGUUCACUGGGUCGACUCAUGUCGGUCGUCAUGUGAACCAGGUGGUUGCGAACCGCUUUGGCAAGACGAUUCUCGAACUCGGCGGGAACAACGCGAUGAUCAUCGACGCCGAUGCGGACUUGGACAUGGCGUUGCGCGCGACGCUGUUUUCCGCCGUUGGUACGGCCGGUCAGCGCUGCACGACGCUUCGCCGUCUCUACUUGCACGAAGACAUUUACGAGUCGUUCUUGGCCAAGUUAAUGACGGCGUACGAUCAGAUCAAGAUUGGCGACCCGUUGGAUCCCAUGACCCUCUGCGGGCCUUUGCACAACCAGGCGGCUGUCGACAACUACGCGAACGGCAUCAAAACCAUCCUCGAGCAAAACGGCAAGGUGUUGCGCGGUGGGAAAGUCCUCCCUGGCCCGGGCAACUUUGUGGAGCCUACGUUGGUGGCCAUCGACCAUGACGCCCCAAUCGUCCAAACGGAAAUCUUUGCCCCGAUCACGUAUGUGAUGAAGUUUUCCAACUUGGACGAAGCAAUUGAAAAGAACAACGACGUGCCCCAAGGCUUGAGCUCGUCCUUGUUCACGCAGAACCAGGCCGCGAUCUUCAAGUGGACCGGCCCGGCUGGGUCGGACUGCGGUAUUGUGAACGUCAACAUCGGACCGAGCGGCGCCGAAAUCGGUGGAGCGUUUGGUGGCGAAAAGGAAACGGGUGGUGGGCGUGAAUCUGGCAGCGACGCGUGGAAGCAGUACAUGCGCCGAUCGACGUGCACGAUCAACCACAGCAAGAACUUGCCGCUCGCUCAAGGUAUCAACUUCGGUUAAUGCACCGUAACGUAGACCAUCAUCUCAACCAAAUCUCCAAGCUCGCCUUGCAUCGAUCUAUCUAGACAGACACGGAAGUGGAACACAAUGGCAAGCCGCGCUGGC